AUGUCUCCAAGAGUUACGAUUGAAUGGAGCAUGAAGCAGAUAGUGGAGUGGCCUAUUCCUAAAAAUAAAAGAUUGCAGCCAACAACACAUCCGAUUAGUAAUCUCCAGCAGCAGCGAGUUAGGUGGCAGUGUCCGAGUGCAGGUACUCUUAAGAUGAAUGUUGACGCUGCUGUUACAGAAGGUCAGCAACACUUCUCAGUGGGACUGGUGCUUAGAGAUCAUCAGGGCCAGUUCAUCAUAGGUAAAACGAGGAAAUUUGCAGGCUCCGUUCAAGUUGUCGAAGCUGAAACUAUAGCCAUUCUUGAAGCUCUCUCAUGGUUGGAAGACUUGCAGGUGAGUACAGGAGUGAUUAAAAGUGACUCCUUGUUGAGUGUAAUUGCUAUCAACAGGAGGUAUCAUAAUUACCUGGAGUUAGGGUCGUGGGUUCAUCACUGUAAGAGUAUAAUUCAUAGGAGAGUUGGUUAUUCGGUAGUCCAUGUUAGGAAGCAGGCAAACAAGGUAGCCCAUCAAAUGGCAAAGAUUCCUUGUAAGCUUAAUAGCUUCGUUAUUAUGUCGUCUCCUCCGCUGAGUUUGUUGGAGACUCUUUUGUCAGAUGCUUCAUUGAAUUAA